UAAAAAUGGUAUCGUUCUUUACUAUUCAACGAUUUCGUGUUUCAUAAUAGACUAUUUUAACUGUCACGAAAAAGUAAAUUGUUUCAAAUUCAUUAUGCAAUCCUCUUACAACUGUUAUAGGAGUUUUCAAGGAAUAUGAAUAUCAACGUGUAUCAUAUAAAAUAGAAAUCCUACAAUUUUGCACUGCAAUUAAGUUUAGUACUGUAGACAACUAUACUGCGAUGAAACCUGAUUUUUUGUGUGCAUUUAUACGAGGAAAAAUAUGCAGUCAUAUAUCACGGAUUGUACGACCCAUAUAUGAUGAAAGAUAAUUUGAACUGGUUAUAACAUGAACUUUAUACAAUUUCGAUUGAAAUUGGAUGUUUAUACGAUUUUGUAUUGCCAUUUUAAUACGAUUUCUGGUUAUCUGGGAUUCUCUUUUAAUGUUUUUUGUUAUUGCACUACUUUUAUGUUUGCGAUCUGCUGUUUGUACCCCAUGCAUUAUCACAAGAAACGGAGUGAUUUCUGUACACAUCUUUUAUUAACUAGAGUGACAUAUGGCUGCUGCAAGCGUAUUACACUAAUUAAUUUACUGCCUUUACCGAGCAAAUGGAAUAUGAUAACGAAAAGCACACUGUUAUAAUGAACAGGGCAGUAUCAGCGGUGAAUGUGGGUCUGCUAUACAAAUCCGAUGAGUAAAGUACGAUUACCUAAGCGAUCACUUUCCCUGAGGCGCCUGAAAAAUUAUUUGCUUCCAACCACAAAGUAUGUUAAAGAGCGACGGUGUACCUGUAAAUAAAAGGAAAAAAAACUUUUAAUUAAGCUAGAACUUUUUGUAAUAAUCUACGAAUAGAAUUAGGAUAGAAUCUAUGAAUUCGAUUUCAACAUCUAAAAAUGAUAAAUUAUACCCCAAAAAUGUGUCAUCAUUUUAUAGAUUUAAAAAAAACAGUGAAUUCUAAUAAAAUCGAAUUUUUGCUUAGUCACAUUACGAGAAAACUUAUUGUUGCAGUCUACCAAAACAAAUCAACACAACCAAACACAGUAGCGGUUGUGUUGCCAGUCUAAUAAGUAGUCAAUGUAUGCAUCUGUCAGUUAGAGCGUCAAACCUAUAAAUAUUCGCCGGUCAUCACACAGACCCUUGUUGUCUUUUCAACAAGCGUAAACAAUUGUUGGGGUGUUCGCUAUCAUACCGCAAAUAGUUGUAAAGGCACCGGUAUUCUAUAAAGUUGCGUACAAACAGCUCCGUCCGCUUAGAGCAACAGUAGAACUCAAUCAAGCAGGAUUACCCGAGAAUCUACCGACUUGGCCAACGUUGUGAAGCUGUUAAUAAGAGUUUAUUUUUUACAGAUCGGUCUAAGUCCGACUUGAGCGUAGCGCAAUGGAGGCACUACUCAACAGUCAAUGUGCGGCGCAAAGUCUGGGGCCUGCCAACCAGCUAUUUGCGAUGCUGAUCCAAACCAUUAUGGCGGCACAGUGUAGUAUUUCACCACCGGACAUGUGGCCCAAGGAUUACGGACCAACAGCCCUAGCGGAAGGUUUGGGCGAAUACGACUUUAUCAUAGUGGGUGCCGGAUCGGCCGGUUCGGUAGUGGCCAAUCGUUUGUCGGAAAACCCCGAUUGGAAGAUUCUGCUCCUGGAGGCCGGUGGUGAUCCACCGAUUGAAUCUGAGAUACCGGAUAUGUUUUUCUCAGUACAGCGAACGGAAUGGGACUGGGCUUUCUUCGCGGAGCCUUCGGAAUAUUACAGUAAGAGUUCGGCCCAAGGUAGUUACUGGCCAAGAGGUAAGAUGCUAGGGGGAAGCGGAGGACUUAACGCUAUGCUUUACGUACGAGGCAAUCGUAGAGAUUACGAUCACUGGGAGGAACUCGGUAAUACCGGCUGGGGAUAUGAUAGUGUGCUGCCCUAUUUCCGAAAGUCAGAGGAUAAUAAGGACCCGGAGAUUGCCGACUCGUUUGAUGGAAAGUAUCAUGGUAAAGAUGGGUAUUUGAAAGUACAAAAGUUUCCUGUCGAUGAUCCCUUAUUAGAGGUAGUUUUGGAAGGUGGAAGACAGUUAGGUUACAAAACUUUGAACGAUAUCAAUGGAGAAGAGCACAUCGGUUUCGCACAACUGCAGGGCACUACAGACAACGGAGCCCGCUGUAGUCCAGCAAAAGCAUUUUUAGUCCCGAUAAAAGAUAGACCCAAUCUACACAUAAUUAAACACGCUAGGGUAAUCAAUGUGGAACAGGAUAAGCAGGGAGCUAUCCGAUGGGUUAACUUCUACCUGCAGGAGAAGCAUCUUAAAUCCGCGAAGGCUAGCAAAGAAGUAAUCAUAUCCGCCGGAACAGUCAGUACACCACAAAUUUUAAUGCUUUCCGGUGUUGGCCCCCGAUCGCUUUUAGAAGAGUUAGAUAUAAAUGUGCUUGCAGAUUUACCAGUAGGAAAAAACCUUCAGGAUCACUUAAUUGUACCGCUGCUAUACAAGCUGAACAAAUCUACGGCAAAAAAUUAUGACACACAAAGAGAGUACCUGAAAAACUUCAUUCAGUAUCUAUUGCACAAAACAGGGCGUUUGGCAUCACACGCCGUAACUUCGAUUUCGGGCUUCGUUAACACUGUAAACGAAACGGCUAGCUAUCCCGACAUACAGUUCCACUUUUUCGAAUUCAAGAAAGGGUCGAAGAAAACUAUACUGUACACCGAAAAAGUGGGAUACAACGAGGAAAUUUCCGAAUCAUUCCUGCAGGCAACUGAAGAAGCCGAUGUGUUGAUGGUGUUUGUGACCCUGUUAACACCAAAAUCCAGAGGGUAUGUGAAGAUUGCAACUGCAGACUGGAAAAUAUAUCGCCCUCCGGAAAUUUUCGCCGACUAUUUGAAAGAAUCCGAGGAUAUUGCUACGGUACGACGCGCAAUUAAAAUUAUGCAACGUAUGAGUAAUACAGACGUAUUCAGGGAACACGAAGCAGAGUUACAUCGUAUGAAUAUUCCGGAAUGUGACAAAUUGACUUACGAUGGGGACGAGUACUGGGAAUGUUAUAUACGACAUAUGACCAUUACACUAUACCAUCCUGUGGGAACAGCCAGAAUGGGUCCCGAUGAUGACCUAUCGGCGGUAGUAGAUGCAAGAUUGAAAGUUAAAAAAGUUUCCGGAUUGCGAGUGGUAGAUGGUAGCAUUAUGCCCGUUAUCGUAUCCGGAAAUACUAACGCACCAAUAAUAAUGAUAGGAGAAAAAGCUUCCGAUUUAAUCAAAGAAGACUGGUCUUCGAAAAAAGCAAAGAAGCACACCGAGUUAUAAAAAAAUAGUGUUUUAUUGUUGUUAUUUUGCAUGUAAGUGUUGCUUUAUACGUUCUAAUGCGCAAGCCAAAAUGAGUGCUAGUAUCAAUGUUAUCACCAUUUUAUCAUAAUUACAAUUCAUCCAUUUUUUUCGCAUGCUACGUUCGGUUUUUUUCUUUUUUUCGAAAAUCCUAUAAAUAUUCAAUUGACUAUAUAUACCAU